AAAAACCAAAACAAACCUUAAUUAUUUCCCAAAAACUUUGAACUGGAGUCGAUGGAGUUUGAUGCUUAGGGCAAUCUGAGGUGCAAUAUUGCCUCGGAUGUCAGCGUAUAAAAGCCAAAACGUCAACGAUCUUGGCAUUACUUCCAUCUGUCGGCAAACAGCAGCAGCAUCUCAUCUCUGCAUCUCAUUCCGCAUCAAAAUGAAACUCUUCUGUGUCCUGUUGGUCGUGGUGGCUGUGGCUGCCACAGCACGUGCCGAUGUCUCUCAUCUGUAUGGAGGGGACUCGCAUCAUCAUCCCCAUGACUCGCACCACCAUCAUGAGGAUCCGCAUUCGCACCACCAUCACGAGGAUCCUCACUCCCAUCAUCAUGAUGCGCACUCUGGUCACCCUUCUCAUUCCUCGCACUCUUCGCACUCGUCCCACUCGUCGGAACCUCAUCGCGGCGCGGGACUGCAUCUGGAUCUGAACUUCGGCCUCUUCCGUCAGCAUCAACCCGAUGGCUACAGUUAUUCAGCCCCAGCUCCACCUCCACCACCAAGGCCGGAAUAUCUGCCACCUCCGGUCAAGCCCAGCAGCACUUAUUUGCCAGCAGCUAAGCCUGCUUCGAAGUAUCUGCCACCCAAGGUAGCACCCACUUUGCCACCACCGCCACCACCUCCAGUGCGUCAGCCCAAGCCCGAGUACCUGCCUCCUCCACAGAAGCCACGCACCAAAUACCUGCCUCCUGCUCAGCCGGAGACAAAGUAUUUGCCGCCCGCUCAACCCGAGAAAACUUAUCUGCCCGCUGCUGCGCCACCCAAGAAGUACUUGCCACCCAAGAUUCCACCAAGUCUGCCCCCACCACCACCACCACCAGCACCCAAGGCCACCUACUUGCCACCAUCUGAGCCCAAGGCCACCUACUUGCCUCCUGCCGAGCCCAAGCCCACCUAUUUGCCCCCUGCAGAGCCUAAGCCCCAUUACUUGCCUCCAACCGAGCCAAAGGCCAACUACCUGCCACCUCCACCUCCACCACCGCAGCCAGAGUCCAAGUAUCUGCCACCCGCUCAAUCGGAGGCUCGUCUGGCAGCACCCGAAAUUGACUUCCAUAUUCCAAUUCCCUCAUACGCGCUGCCUUUGAGUGGUUCCUCGAAUGUGCCACUGCCCGGAAGCUCGGGCUAUCAAUACAGCCAGCCACAGCGUCGCUUCAAGUUCUAAAUCAAUCUCAAGUAUAUUUAAAUAUUCAACAUACACUCACACACCACAUUCAAAUUGCAUCUAUUUAAGUUUUGCGAAUAAAAGCGUCAUAUCAAAAUUCAAA